UUGGAAGAUCCAGGCAACCUUAGAAGCUUAGACCCUCUCAUGAGCCUCUACCCGGUGCCAGCAUACUAUUGCGAAUAUCUCAGCCUGGAGUUCCCAGAUGGGUCAUUGUCAGCAGCGAUACCACAUUGGCCGAUACUUCUAACGGAAACUAGCUUCAAGACCAUCGAGGUCAUACUCCUGAGAUUCUUGUUUCUCGUCUGUCUGAUCCAUUCUCUUCAAUGCAGUGAAGAAGAAGGUGCUUCAACUGAAAGCCAACCUGCAACAACAACAGAAAAAUCGGGUUCGGGUUCGGGUAAUUCAUUACCAUUCGGUUCUGUUGCAGACACAUUGAUAGACCAAUUAGAAAAGAUCGCGAAUAACUUAAACCCGAUAUAUUUCAUAAAUAUGUUCAGAAAAAUAUUUAAUAAUUCAUAA